UGGGCCGUGCACCAGAGCUUCGAGGGCUGUCACUUUGGCGGAGGCCUCGCUUGUGGCGAAGGCGAAGAUGGAGCCGAGGGGAGUUACGAACCUGUGUGUGUGUGAUGGUGGGAAGGGUGGGAAGGUUUGCGAGAGGGCGAUGGAGCCACCAAGAGGCGGGGACUGGAUGGGAGGAGAGCGAUCACUCACCUGACUAGAUCCCUCCAUCCUGCCAGGUACUGUGACAAUUCCACGUCCCCUUCCGGCUUCAGACUGGCGCGGAACUGCCUCAUCAUACGGCCCAGCAUCCCCUGGGGGCCCAGACACUGAGGCUCUUCCCAUUCCGCGCCCUCCACGGGUCCCGACUGUUGCUGGACCUGCAGGUUAGAUUUGAGGGCAUCGAGAUGGGAGCAGAACCCCUAGCUUGCUGGGCUCGCCAAGCAGCCCAGUUGGGCUCUGAAGAAAUUAUUCCUUAGAUCUAGCUGGUGUUCCUCUCUGGCUAGACUCUCAGCUUCUGACGGGAGAGGGGCGAGUAGGAGGAGGGCCUGCCCUUCAUCAGAUCCUGAGACUGGUCCACUUCCCACUGCUCAGGACCCCGCCAGGAGCUCCCAGUUCCAGCCCUGCCGGUAGCGUACCUGCAAAGGCGGCGGCCCCUCCGCAAUGCAGGACUGCGUCCCAGAUCCGCAGCCUGAGAGGGGGAGGCGGGACAGCGCGGUGAGGGCCUGAGGUGAGGCCUUAGGUCCCCAGGGCCUGGAUUCCCCGGUUCCUCCCAGAGCAGGUGAGAGAACAGAAUACUCACGAAGGUUCCGAGCCCAGAGAUAAACAAGCAGUAGCGCGAAGACAGCAAGAGGAAUUGCGCUGUGCAACCACCGCCGCGGGAUCUGCCCGGGCAGUGCGACCCCCAUGGCUGCAGCGGGAACCACCGCCCCCUUGCCAGCCUCUAGCCGGGCUUUGUCCCUCCGCCUCCAGGAGAGGAGAGAAGCCGCAGUGCCUGAGGUGCAGAGAGUUAAUUAUUAACCUACCAAGGCCCCUUCCCCUGUGCCCUUUGCCCCAGAGGGCAGUAUCCGAGGGGUGAGGGACUGGAAUGAAGAGAAUUUAGGGGAUUCGGUAGCAGUGACAUGUCCCUUACAUUUCCCUUCCCUGAAGGCUGGGUGGUAGUAAGAGGCAGCCUGGGUACUGUGAAGAGAGGCUGAGGUCAGAAGCAGGUCCUCCAAGGAACAAUGGUGGGCCUUAAGCUGACACUGGGCUUGAGUUCCUCCACUGUAAAUUGAGGAUAAUAAUAGGUUCUUUUGCAAGGCCUCAUGUGAGGAUUAAAUGAUAUCAUAUGUGCGAACACUGUAAAUGGAAAAGCUUACCACAAUUGCUCCAUAAAUCUUACUUUUUAAGUUCAAGCAUGGGGCACCUGGGACCCAGGGAACACCCACUUCUAAAUUAUCCUAUCCUCAUGCAUGUGUGCUAAGUCACUUCAGUCCUGUCCGACUCUUUGUGACAUGAUGGACUGUAGCCCACCAGGCUCCUCUGUCCAUGGGGAUUCUCCAGGCAAGAAUACUGGAGUGGGUUGCCAGGCCCUCCUCCAGGGGAUCUUCCCAAUCCCCAGAUCGAACCUGCAUUUCUUAUGUCUUCGGCAUUGGCAAGCAGGUUCUUUACCACUAGCACCACCUGGGAAGCACCAUCCUAUCCUCAGGGGACCUUGUCUUGAACUGGAAGCCUGAUGUCUCAGUUAUAUACUUUAGGCUGUCUCCUUUUACAUUUGUUUAAUUCUUUAAACCUCCAAAAUGAUUCCUCAGUCAAACCAACCUUUAUAAAUACCUCCAUAUGCCAGGCCCUGUACUAGGCCCCAGGAAUAGAAAUGUGCCUUUACAGAGCUCAAGGUGCAUUGAAGAAUUUAUCAUCUGUCUCUCCAACUGGGAUGUGAGCUCUGAUGAAGACAGGGGCUUUUUCACAUUUGCUACUCUAUUUAUAGCAUUUAGAAUAUUACCUGAGACACAACACAUUGUUUCUAAAUAAGUAUGUAUUGAAUAAAGCACAGGAGUGUGCGUGAGGGGCAGGCCAAUGAGGAUUGGUACUACUCCCCGCUAGUGGCUUAGACUGUAAAGCCUCUGCCUGGGAUGCAGGAGACCUGGGUUCGAUCCCUGGGUCAGGAAGAUCCCCUGGUGAAGGAAAUGGCAACCCACUUGAGUACUUUUGCCUGGAAAAUCCCAUGGACAGAGGAGCCUGGUAGGCGACAGUCUAUGAGGUCCCAAAGAGUCGGACACGACUGAGUGACUUCACUUUCUUUCAUUUUUCACUACUCCCCACAACGAACCUGAGCGGUUUUUUGUUUUUGUUUUUGUUUUUUUCUGGUUUGUUUUUUCCAAUUAGGAGACCCCCUGGUGGUCAUAGAGGGGAAAACAUUGAGGGAAAGGAUACAGGAAGAAAUGGAAUAAAUAGCAUCUCCUGUCCUCAGCCACCUAUCCAUAAACUUAUUAGACUUCUUCCCUGUCUCUGUGUACAGUUUCUUUUGAGAGAGUGGAGUGUCCCAGAUUCUCAAGAAGUCAGGACUCCAACCACUCACACGAUGCUUCCUAGCUCCCAUAGUUCAUGGAUUCUUUCUUACCCUAUCUCUGAUGCUUUCUCACAUCCUGGAGGUUCCUGGGGUCCCUGUCCCCUGGGAUUCUGGAACCAUCAAUUUCAUCCCUAGCCUUGGGUUCCCCAUUUCCCAAUGCUGGAACGUUCCACGGUUUGCUGCCUGUGACCUUAGGCAAAUUGUUUGCCAUUUUUGCAGCCCCAGUUCCCUCAUCUGCAGAAUAGGAAGGGUAAUUUCCACCGCCUAAAAUUGUUUUGUGGAUUAAAUAAAAUAUGCCUGCAAGACAUGAACCAUGAUUCUUGGUUUAAAGUUUGUUAACGUUGUGUAAGUGGGUGGUUUUUCAAACUCGUGGGUUCUUGCUGCCCCUCCUCCCCUGGCGCUGGGCUGAGAGUCAAAUCUGUAGGCUUCCCGACUGGACCGGAUUAGUUUUGAAUUUCACUUAAUCCGGGUGGCCCUUCCGCAAUCCGAGCCCUCUUAAAAGCAAAGGUUGCUUUUAAGCCUGCUAAGGCGCCUGGGCUCACGGAGGCUGCGGGAUGGAGCUAGGAGCAGGAGCCAAGCUGCCGCUGCCGCUGCUGCUGCUGCAGGCCACUUGCUUGGGGUACGCAGGAGCAGGUGGCUACAUGUCGGUCAUCGAGGUGACCAACGGGGGCCCCUGGGGCGACUGGGCCUGGCCCGAGAUGUGUCCUGACGGAUUCUUCGCCAGCGGGUUCUCGCUCAAGGUGGAGCCCCCGCAAGGCAUUCCUGGCGACGACACGGCCCUGAACGGGAUCCGGCUGCACUGCGCGCGCGGACAAGCGGAUCUCAACGCACACGUGGUGGAGUCCCAGUCUGGAAGGUGGGGAUGGUGGAGUGAGCCGCUGUGGUGUCCCGUCGGCGGCUUCCUGGUGGCUUUCUCGCUUCGCGUGGAGGCACCCGUGACCUUUGGGGACAACACAGCUGCGAACAACGUGCGCUUCCUCUGCUCCGACGGCACGGAGCUGCAGGGGCCGGGCCUGACCUGGGGAGACUUCGGAAACUGGAGUGAGCUUUGUCCUAAAGGCGUAUGCGGCUUGCAGACCAAGAUUCAGCAGCCUCAAGGCCUCCUCGACGACACCGCCAUCAACGACGCGCUCUUUUUCUGCUGCCGCAAUUGAUACCAUCGCCGUCCUCCCCAACCCCUAGCCUCGUCCCACCUCCGCUAUUAAAGCUUCUCUGUCUUGGCUUUGGUCUGGCUUGUUUUAGGGAUGGGAAACUGCGUCGCCCCGUGUUCCUCUUAACCUGGCAUUGGGCCAGGCCCAAUUAGGGUUGGUCUCAGAAGUCUGGGCUUCCCUGCUGGCUCAGACAGUAAAGAAUCCGCCUGCAAUGCGGGAGACCUGGGUUCCAUCCCUGGGUUGGGAAGAUCCCCUGGAGGAGGGCAUGGCAACCCACUCCAGUAUUCUUACCUGGAGAAUUCCCAUGGACAGAGGAGCCUGGUGGGCUACAGUCCAUAGGGUCGCAAAGAGCCAGACACGAGUGAGCGACUAAGCACACUCAGAAGUCUAGGGCAAGCUACUGAAAGUUACCGACCCAUAGUUCAGGAAAAAAAAAAAAAAGAAACAAAUGCACUGAAACAGAUUUUGCUUACAGGUUGAGGAAGUCCUUGCUUUUCUGACAGCCUCUGCAAACGUGUAAUCCCCAUUAAGAGCCCAGGUUGUUUCCUUUCUGAACCACCAGUGACCCCAGAUUAAGAAACUUCUACCAAAUUAGGUGACAAUGCUAUAUUGUCUUAAGGCUUCAUGUUCUAGAAUUUAGGAGACUAACAUGUCUUUUCCAUGCGUGUCUGCUCAGUUACUCAGUGGAGUCCGACUCUAUGACCCCAUGGGCUAUAGCCCACCAGGCGCCUCUGUCCAGGGGAUUUCCCAGGCAAGAAUACUGGAGUGGGUUGCUAUUUCCUCCUCCAGGAGAUCUUCCCAAUCCAGGGAUAGACCCUCAUCUCCUGCUUUGGCAGGUGGGUUCUUUACCACUGAGCCACCUGGGAAGCUUGUCUUUUCCAUAUGUUUCCUUUUCUUCCCCCUACAAAACUCAAACAGUGGCUUUUCUGUACAUUGAGUCCUAUUAAGUGUCCUUGUCCUUGCUGCCCUCUCUGCCUGGACUCUCCCAACAGUCCAGAUGAUUAAUCCAUCCACCAGAUUUCAGGUCCAAUUUUUCUUUCUUGGACUUUGUCUUAUGAAAAAGGUCAUGCGUCAGUGAAUAUCUAUCCCCAUUACCUCCAUGUUCUUAAAAAGUGCUUAUCACCAACUGAAAUAAUCUAUUGCUUCUUUUAAAAACUGUCCAUCUUCUAACCCCUGGAAUGUUAAAUUCUUUAAGAGCACAGAACUUGCCUGUCUUGUUUAUACAGUACUUUCAGUGCACCAACAGCUCAGUAUUUAUUAAGAAAAUAGCAAGCAAGGUAUAAGAGCCCCAAGCAACGGUGUACCUGGAGGCCUUCCGACACUCCUUGUAUAAGGGCACAGUCUGAGACGCGGAAGAGAACUCUAAAUACUCUAGUUUAUUCCAGGGUGGGGGCGGGCCAGGUGGGUAUCCAGGAGCGACGGAUCAGGCAGAUGGAGCCUCACUGAGAAGAGCCCUGCGGAAAAG